AUGGAUCCUCCGAGCAAAAAGCGGCGGUUAGCCCCUAAGACCGACGUUUCGCCAGCGUCGGCGCCUGUCAAUCUUCCGAGCGCACCAGCUGUCGUCGAGACCCCCGUCCCUGCCCGCGUCGAAUUCGAGCGCUUCGCCCGCCAUCUUCAAGAUGCCGCCAUGCUCAUUCAGAGAUCUGCAGAGCGACCGACCUACACCUCUGUUUCCGUGCUGUUGCUCAGAUGGGAAGAGGACACCAGCGUUGAGGCUGACCUAGUGUCGUUAGAGAAGGUUUUUCGGGAUCAGUUUCACUAUCGAACAGACCGCAAUACUCGGGAGGAUGCCGCACGUUUAAAGUGGCAUGGAGUACGAUGCCUUUUCGAAGACGCCCAGUCUGACAUUCUCCUUUUCCUUGACACAUGCUCUGUACGAGAUGCGCCACUCACGGGCAGCCAUGGGCUAAAACAGGCGAUUGCUGCUUGGGGCCCCGAGCAGAGGGUAAAGGAUCAUCGAGAACGCACUUUCACCUCUAUCUUGGUCGAGUCUCUUAAGAAAUUGGGGAGUUCUAAAGACCCGUUCACAGUCCAGACGCUAUACGAGUCUAUCCAAGCGCUGAGGGACGCGGAAGCAGCCUCGAUCACGAAUGGGUCUGGAAAGCCUCAACCGCCCGGCCAAAGCCCCAUCUACUUCACAAUCACUGCCGGUGCCGGUGCGAAGCGCUCACGUAAGGAUGGGGAAAAUGCCGAUGGGGCCUAUCGCAGCCUCUCUGACCGUGAUGCCACUAUGAUUGAUUCGACCCCAACCUCCCGGGUUCAGGUCACCGCUUACAGCGGCGGCCGAUAUCCUCCGGGAUCCGGAGUCAAGGACGAGGUGGAAGACUCGGCGGAGAUGAAGGAGGCAGCAGAGCAACUCAAGGCGCUCAGCCACAUCCGGCAUCUUACCAACGAAACGCCGACAAAACCCCAACGCUCGUCCCUGCCUGAUAGUGCCCCCGAUCGACAUGGGGAUAGCGGGGUGAAUGGCUCCGCCGAUGGCGCGAGGGCUGAUGGACACGGGUCCGAAUUCAUCGUCGCUCCGAAAGCAUAUCGCGGCGGCGCAUACAAGGCCAUUUCCGUGUGCAUUCUCUUUGCCGGUUGCGACAGCACCUUUGGCUCGAAAAACGAGUGGAAACGACAUAUUACCUCGCAGCACUUGUGUCUCCAGUAUUAUCGCUGUUCGGCAUGUCCGACAUCGAUCGCAGAGGGUAAAUUUAACGAGUUUAACCGCAAAGAUUUAUUUACGCAGCACCUGCGACGCAUGCACGCUCCACUUGCCAUCAAGAAAUCCGUAAAUCCAGUGGACACCAAGACGCAAGCGGAGUGGGAGAAUCGGGUCAAGGAAAUGCAGCAGUCCUGCCUCGUACAGCGUCGACACCCGCCACAACUGUCCGCCUGCCCCAAGCCUGACUGCCAGAGUGUAUUUGAGGGGCCGGGGUCUUGGGACGAAUGGACGGAGCAUGUCGGCCGCCACAUGGAGAAGAACGAGGGACAGAGGCUUGGUGUUGAUCACCACCUGGCAAAGUGGGCACUCGACGAAGCAAUUAUUGAGCGUGACGAGAAGGGGAGUAUAAGCUGUGCGCCCGUAAGAGAGGCCAGCGGAACCGCCGAAUCCAGCGGGACUCCCGCGAGGGGCGAUAGCAGCGGUGGAAGUGGCCCUACCGAAGGUACGGUCAAGGUGGUUAGCAACGGAACCGAAGGCGACAAGAUGGACGUGGACUAG